AUGAUGUUCCCCGGCCUCCUCGCGCCCCCCGCGGGGUAUUCCAGCCUCCUGCGACCCACGCCCACCUUAACACUGCCCCAGUCCCUUCAGUCUGCAUUUUCUGGCCACUCUAGUUUCCUAGUGGAAGAUUUGAUCCGCAUCAGUCGGCCCCCUGCCUACCUGCCUCGCAGCAUACCCACUACCAGCCUGUCACCCCCCAGGCAGGAGGCCCCCACAGUCCUCGCUGACUCGGGGACCUCGGACCUGGGCUCUCCGGGGCCCGGGAGCCGGCGUGACAGCUCUCCACAGACUGCCCUCUCCCCUGCCAGCGAGCCCACGUUUUUGAAGUUUGGGGUGAACGCCAUCCUCUCAUCCGCGCCCAGAAGAGAAACAUCGCCGGCUUUGCUGCAGAGCCCCCCUCCUAAGACGUUCGCCUUUCCUUACUUCGAAGGCUCCUUCCAACCCUUCAUUAGAUCCUCCUAUUUCCCAGAGGUUGCGAGGCGUACAACAUUCACGAAUCCGUCGCGCCAAUUUGAUACCCCAUUUAGCACAAGCAGUGACUGCUUGACACUACGCACCAAUUCCCUGCUCUACAAAUUAGCAAGAAUUGUCAUGGUGAAAAUCUGGUUCCAGAAUCGACGCAUGAAGUGGCGGAACUCCAAAGAGCGCGAACUCCUGUCCAGCGGGGGCUGCCGAGAGCAGACCCUUCCCACAAAACUAAACCCUCACCCAGACCUUAGCGACGUAGGCCAGAAGGGCCCUGGGGAUGAGGAGGAAGACAUCCCGGGUCCCUGCCUGGCCUACCAUGCGCCCCCUGACCCUCGACACCUGCUGGAAGGGCCCCUGCCCGGCUCUCCUGCGCACUCCAGCAGCCCGGGUAAACCCUCGGACUUCUCGGAUUCCGAUGAGGAUGAAGAGGGCGAGGAGGACGAGGAAAUCACCGUGUCCUAG